ACCUGUGCUGUGAGAUUCUGUUUUCAUGUUUGCUCUCCACCGGGACAACGCGGGCUGAAUGGGCGGAAUAUGAUGUGGAUGCUGCCCCCCCACCCUUCACUCCCAGUUGGGAUUCCAGAGGAGACAGACCUCCUGACCUUCGGCAGUCGUACAGUCGGUCCUCGCCCUGAUUGGCUGAGCAGCAAGGCGGAAGUGGGUCUGACAGCUUUGCUGAAAGCAAAACAAGAGGAGCUGCAGUCUGCUGCAUUGAAAUGGAUGAGCUGGUGCAGGACCUGGUGUCUGCCCUGGAGCACACCUCGGAACAAAGUAAGCUCGGGGAGCUGUGGGAGGAAAUGGUUUUGAGUCCACGUCACCGGCGGCGGCAGGUGCGCCGUCGAAGAGGCCAGAAACACCGUUGUGAAUCUUCGCUCCAUCCACCUGAGCGAAGACACCACUGGGUCGAAGCAUCGGAAUCCAGUUUAGAUGAAACUUCUCAAAACUCCUGGCGGAACUCUCCGCCUCUUUUGACAACGUCGGCAGCCAACUGCAGCAACUCUGAUGACAUGUCCAUCAAUAGCCAGUGGCACUCCCUUGUGAGCCGCCCGAUCAGGACCGGGCAGCCCUCCUGGCCCGAGUCAGACUCCUUAUCUGAGAAUAAUCUAGGACGUCAGCUCAAGAGGAAGAGGAGGAUUAAACGUAUGAACCCGCCUGUUCAAGUCAGAUUGCAGCAUAAGUUAAAGGUUUCCGCCAUGGAAAGGAAAAAACUGAGGCCCAGGCCAUCCAGGAUGCAGCAUCUGUCAAGACUGAAGAACAGCUCCAGCGGUUGGGUUGGACGAAACCGGCAGUCUGAUGGGGUCAGCCUGAUGGGAAAGCAGCGCUGGAAUAGGAAGAUCACUUUGGAACACCGAGAUGCUGCAGAGGAGAAUAUGUCUGAGGGUGAAACCAGCAGUACCUGCAGCAGUGACCCUGGCCUUUUCACCAAUGACGAAGGGAGGCAAGGUGAUGAUGAGCAGAGUGACUGGUUCUUUGAGGGCGACUGUGGAAUUGGGUCCAGCGUGGCUAGCUUGCUGCCCAACUGGGACUCAGACAAUCACAAUUCCAGAGAUGUCAACCGCCCCUCGCCCACCUCUCUGCCAUCUCUGAGAGGCUAUUGUUCACAUUUAAAACGCUUGCCUCGCCCUGCUGCUUCUUACAUCAGGACCAAUAGGGGAAAGUUCUCCAGCAAGGGCAAUUCUACACCAGAGUUUGUGGAGAGACUGAGACACCUUUCUCAUGAUCAUCAUUAUAGAGAUUUCUCUGCUGUUGGACACCAUGGCCAGGUAUGUUUCAUUCAAGGUGUAGUCUCGCCUUUCUUUAUCAUUUUACCGUGUAGUCCAUAAGAUCUUGCCAUCUUUAGCCUCCGCCUACAGUUUGUGUUCACUGACGACACGUUAGAAUCCUCUCAAGGGUCUAUUGGAGAAACAAAUUCUGCCUUUUUCCAAUGAAGCUCGCUUUAUUGAUGAACACAUGGGCGGCACACUCACUUAAAUGAAUCAGUUACAGAGUGCAGGUCACUUUUAAUUAGAGAAACCUACAUUAUGUUAGCACUGCGAGUUUGUUUGUGUAUGUUGAGCUGACACAGACGCACAAGACCCCCGAAUGUUUUCAUUCGUGCCCUGGCGUUGGCCCGUGUCCAUUUCAUAGCGACAGUGGAAAUACACUGCCAUUAGCUGUACAUUGCAGACAAAACACGCUUUUGCACUGUUCAUUUCAAUAAUGAAUUUGUUUAAUUGUUUUUUUCCCGCAUUAAGGACUUUUGUCUAAAGCCAAGUUGUACAUUGUAAAGUAGCCUGACGUCUCAGUUGAUAGUCAGCAUGCAGGGACACUUUAAUUUAAAAGUUUUCAAGGUCGGCAUUCCCAAAUAGAAUUUAUGUUGACAUAAAUUCAUGACAUGACAGUAAUGCUGAUUUAAGUGCAAAUCUUUUUCCAGAAAGUUUUGUCAAAGCAUCACAUAGCUCCCAGUCAGACCAAGAUACUAUUGCAUGUGUAUGGGAGGUGGAGUGGGGGUGCACUGAGGAGCCAGCAGCUCCUUUAGCCUUACAACUGUGGGGCUCCUCCUGAUUGUCUAGUGUCCACAUUGUCUGUUUAUGGUGCAUUCCUAAUUUUGUUUCACACGCCACCUCCCUCACUCUCUCGGGUUAUUUCCCAAAGCUCUCCUUGAUGAGGGGCAAAUACACGACUGCUAUGAAAAGCCCCUGACUUCUUAGGGCGUUCUUUUCCAAACAGACUCUUUCUUCUCCACCUGAAAGGUUCCUUCAGAUUCCAGUUUUGAGGCAUUGUGAAUACUAAUAUCUCUCUAUUAAAAAAGCCCUCAUAUCCCUGCCAUGCUCUCAUUUGAAUGGCAGACUCAGGGGAGACCUCUUAAUUCCUUUAUAGUGGGAUUCAAGACCCUUCACUUCAAAAAGUAUAAAUCAUACUCCCAAAUGAACGAGGGAGAGCGAGGGAUUGACGAGAGGGGCUUCUGAUGUGUCCCGUCGGACUCGCUGGCUGAAUCCGUCUCCCCAAACUGCUCAAAUCCACUCUCCAGUGAGGUGGCUUCUUGCAUCCUCACCGGCCAUCUCGGCAUGCAUGGCGUCCACACAAGUAUGUCACAAUGCCAGAACGGCUGAUCCCCACUCUAAACAAACUUCAAAUGACCUCCUUUUUCACUUUUUCAUUUCUUUUUCGCAUCUUACCCACAUGAUGGAUUUCAAACCCUGAGGCCUGAGUGUAAAGUGUUUACCCUCUGGGCCGAGUGUGUGAAUGAAUCUUGCACUGCAACCACACCGGGAUGACGUUAUAUUAAUAAAAGCUGUCAUCUCCUGUUUGGCGCCAGGUGAUGACGACAAUGGGAGAUUUGAUGUUAAGCGAUGAAGGCGGCGAUGAGCUCGCUCGUCGCUUAUCCUCGUCUCGGAGUGGGACUUGCCUCAAAAUGCCAUAAUGCUCGGAGUCGGCAAGCACGUUAGAAUGCCAUAGCAGCCUUCUCUCUAUUGACUUAUUUGUUACUAAAUGACACUUGCGCUGUGAGAUAAAUCAUAGUCCCAAGCCACUCCCUUCCCCGUUUUCAUUUUAAUUGUGAGAUCUCUGUGUCAGCAGUUAGUAUAUUGGUGUGAGUGGCCUAUUGAUUAUUGAUUUGCAGCUAUCGAUUAUGUUCCCUGGACACCCUAAUCCUUUCUGAUUCAUUUGAAUAGCUCUAUUAAUCUUGAGAUCCUGCUCACACCUGAAGCGCAGUGUUCCCUGAUGAAAAUAGAUAGCCAUUUUGUAAAGGCCCCACCUCGCUCCUCUUUUGAUUCAUUCUUUUUAAUUGAUAUAUUUGCUUUUGGAUGUGGGCGCCAAAAUUGCAAUUGACCCACUGUCAGUGAUCUUUUAGUCAGCUCCCUGGGGGAGUACUUUGCCUUUAGGAGUGUCUCAUCUGACCUGAAAAAAAUCCAUCCCAAACACUUUUUAGUCAGUGUCCUUGUGUCUUUGAUAGAAUUUAGUAGUUGUUCAGUUGCCUUUGUGACUUACUGCUUUUUCUUUCUUUUUUUACAUUUUUUUACCACCAAUGCACUUUUUAGUCAUUUCUCUCACUUUCACACAUUUUUGAGUGAAAACAAAAUGCACUGCCAUCUGCCAUCCUCCCCAACUGACAAACACUACGUAAAUGAAUACAGUAGAUCCAAGCUAAUCACGCAAAUUGUGAAAAAAUGUAAAUAGAAAUGCCCAUAAAAUGCCUAUUAUUGACACCCUUAAGCCUAGGUUCCAACCGGUCGUACGGGCUCCUACGACCGGUCUACGUGCAAAAAACCCCUGCAAGUAACGCACAUAUGACACGCAUGUAAUGUGCUGAUUUUCAAGCCGCACACUGGCCGCAGAGGUUGUUUGUCAUGUCAAACAAACUCUACGGGUGUUUACGUUUUUUUCAGGUUGCAAGACAAACUUAAGCACUUUGUACGCCUUAUUGCGUCGGCCGUACGGCGAACGUGUUUCUUUCGUACGUUUUGCUGGUGUCAGGUUUGGGCAAAAUGUCUAUUUUUUUUGUACAUUUGCGGACUCCUAUGUGUGCCGUGCGCCAAGUGCACACCACAUACUUAUUUGGUGCCACAGCUAUGCUCUCCAUGAACAAAAAAAGCAGCCAAUCGGGGAAGGCCAAAAAUUGCACGACCAAAAAAAUCGUACAUUCUGUUGUGACCUAGCUGGACUAUGCUCCUUUGUCGAGGUGCCUCUGUACUCUACACCGCCUCACUCCUCCCCCUCCAAACCCUCUUUGAUAGCUUGACAUUCUCCUCCAAUAUCGGAUCAACAUUUGUAAUAAAAGUGUACAACACUCUCCGUCGCUCUUUAAUUGCCGUUGUUUGCUCGUGAUGAACAAGCUAAAUGCAUAGAAGCAUAAUCCAGGCUUAAGGUCUCUAAUAUGCCUCACACAUUAAAGAUCUCGCAAGAUUAAAAUGAGACAAGGUUGUUAGUUUGGAGAAAGCUGUUUUUCAAGAACAGGGCAGCCAGAAGGCAAUCAGACUGUGAACUAUGGCAUCACUACUAGGAAUGAUAAUAACGCACACCUUGCCACCUACCUCAGUGUUUACAGCGUCAGCGAGUGACGUGUCUCUGUUUUUUCCGUCAAAGUUGAACUGCUGCCACUGCGUGUAUUGUCCAAGCAGAAGCUGGAGUAAUUCCACAUUUCAUCAGAGUCGCUUCAUAUCAACCCACCUAGAUGUUCGGAAUUGUUUGCACCAUUAAUCACCGAGCGAUGGUAUUUACGCUCGUUCUAUUUGGCUGGGCAACGACUUUAAAAGCUCCAGCGAUCACUGAUUUUGUUUCACAACACACUUCAUACGUAGAAGAGAUCUGUGUUGACAUUUUAGCGACAUGGUCGCUAUAUUUAGCAAGAAGGGAUUUGCAUUAAAAGUGAAAGUCACAAAGUGUUUCUUUCUUGAAGUAUUCGCUGUGCGACACUUCCGAUUGUACAUAAAUACCGCCGUGCGAUGCCGGUUUGACGCCGGUCUAAAAGCUGCAUCAACCCCUCCAUAAUGCAGCUCUACAGGUCGAAGAAGGCAGAGUUUGGACUCGCUUUCCUGGCGAAACCAAGACAGUCUGUCUCGCCGAACACGCAUGGGUGUCCAAAAUGUGGCCCUGGGGCCAUCUGUGGGAUGUAGCACAUUGUAGAAAUAAAAUAAAGGAAAACAAAGUAAAAGUGGAAAAUAGAGCAAAAGGGCAUAAUGUAACUAGAAAAAGCUAAAAUACUGACUGAAAAAGCGGUUAGCCUGGUUGUCAGGCUAGCACGACAACCACACUCCAGUUUUCUGUGGUGCCACCUCCAUCUCCCUCUAAAGGCCCUGUCACACCUUGACGAUUUAGCCAGCUCACGCCAACGUAUGAAAAAAUUGGCCAAUACACUGGCAUACGUCCAAUAAGUUAUGGGUAAGUUUUGUAUAAGUUAAGAGCACGCUGAGACACGCCGGCAUACGUCAUAGUAUGUCCAAGUCAAAAAUGUUGUGCAUGCACAAAACAUUUCGACGUAUGUCAACGUAUGAUUAAUACAGCUCGCAUCCGCGGGCAAUAAGUUAUGUGAUCGUUGACGCCCGUUCACACACGUUAAUUGUAAGUUACGUACAAGUCUAAUACGUCAACAUACCUUGAGACAGAACUGUCUUCUUGGCGAGUGAAGAUGGAGAGGAGGAGAAGCUGUCGUGUUUGUAUUUGCAGGUAAGUUUGCAGCUUGACCAGUAGAGGGCACUGUGACACUGGGAAUGGAACCAACUUUUGAUUUUUUUUAUCAACUUUAUUAAUGCAUUAGCGAGUCACAAAUCCAUGAGUGGUAGCAUAUGCAGCCUACACCAGGGGUCUCAGACUCGCGGCCCACGGGACGAUAGUUUGCGGCCCCUGUCUUAAUAUAAAAAAAUUAUAUUCGUGUGGCCCGCAACUUUGAUAUGAAUGACACUUGUUGUGUCUGGAGCUUAACGAACCAAUCACGGUGAGGUAUAUGGUCUCGAGGGUGGGACCUCGGCUGAACAAACCAAUCACGGUGAGGUAUAUGGGCUCGAGGGUGGGACCUCGGCUGCACAAACCAAUCACGGUGAGGUAUAUGGUCUUGAGGGCGGGACCUCGGGCGAACGAACCAAUCACGGUGAGGUAUAUGAUCUCGAGGGCAGUACAUUUUAUGCUUAUUGUAAAUUAUGUUAUUAUAAGGUAUUUGUAAAUUAAUUAGAUUGGUUUUCUGCAAAUAAACGGCCUAUUUUCAGAGAGAAUUAUCACGAAUAGGUGUUGUGUCAGUUGGGAUAGGCUCCAGCUCACCCGUGACCCUAAUGAGGACGUGCGGUAUAGAAAAUGGAUGGAUGGAUGAUUAGCAUGGUUCUGACCGUCCUGUUUGGCCAUCCCAGGGCCCGCAGCACUCCUCAGCAUUGUCAGAGUAAUGAAGACAGAGGGAUGGACCUCGGCACAUUAAGACCAGAUGCGUAGGGGUAUUACUUUUAAUAGUUUCGGUGUGCCCCGUGAAUUAAUGGAACGUUUAAACAGGGAUCGAUUUUGGUAUUAAAAAGUUAGUUUGCAAAGAUUUACUGUGGGGAGUUCAAUGGCUGAGCUCUUUAUCAGGGGUGCAAAUGGCUGGUUAUGUGCUGUCCAACAGAGGUACGAUUGAGGGAUCGAUAGGCGUGUGAUUUACUAACUGCAGUACAGGUAAUCAAUAAGUAUAAAAGUAAAUGAAAUAUGCAUUACUUGGAUUUUAUUAGAGCGGGGUAGCAGAGAGAGAAUAACGGUGAGGCCAUUUAUUUUUAUAUCUAUUGAUUAUACAACUUAGAGACUCAAAGGGAGCCCUGCGCAGCUCCCGACACCCCAUGCCUGUGCACUCGUCAUGUGAUUUAUGGGUGCUGAGGUCAUGGAACAUGCUGCCUGUUAAAAGGCUGCCCUGAUGGGCCCUCAUGGAAGCACAUGGCUCGUGGGUGUGCUUGUGUUGCCACGCGGUCUCAGACGAGCCAAGGGGGUUAACGAGGGUGCGUGUCGUCCAGCCAUCAGUCACCUGAUCCAAGCAGGCUGUCUAUUUUUAUCAUUUUAUUCUAUCUUUAUUAUUACACCCAUCCCCCCAAAUUCUCUUUAUGAUAAAGUAUAGCAUAAAAUCUUCCCUUAUUUUGUUUUACUGCAGCACCCUCAGCCUAUCCACCCCCCUCCUCCCAUACACAAACAUCUAUCACAGCAGAGCCCCCACCCCGCUCAAAGCCACCUGCCCCACCCACCCACCUUCGCUAGUGAUGGAACGGACCUUGACCUUAAGUUUACAUCUCAGAAGUCAGGGCUAUUAAGCCAGUGGGGGGGGGCUUUUCCUAUUUCAGGGCUCCUGACAUAUGACACAGGAGGCGCAGGGUAGGUGUAAUUUGUUAAUGUGAGCGCCGCACGUGCUCACCAAGACCGCCAUUCUGUAUGUUCCAAACAUGCAUUCAUGAAAACAGACGUGGUGUAACAUUUGUUAUGUUAUGCGAGAUUGUGUCAACUGUGCAUUGUUUGUUUUCAACUGAAUUUGUGACUAAAAUGUGUGCUUGUGUGCCUCGUAGAAACACUAGCCCCGGAGGGCUAUUGCGCCUCUUCGUGAGCAGAGGAAACACAAUACAGUGUCAGUCACACCACCAGCUUGUAAGGAGGAGAGGACCAAGGAGCCAGUCGGAUCUCAGCCCGAGAGGCAGUGGAGUUCUCGGGUGGAAACCCUUCUAUCUUUCUCUCAGAGGACCGAGGAGGACCCCUGAACGCCACAAGCGAACCCUGGAAGCAUGUGGUAAAAGCCUAGCUUGCUGGAGACUGCUCAGACGUUUGCAGCAUAAACUUUAUGACAAAGAAGAAAUUCAAAGCACAUAAUUGCAAUUCGUAAUCAGUCACUUCCAAGUCUAUUAAGCACGAGUGAUGUAAAUGCAAUCAGACGUUGUUAAGAACGCGGCCUGCUAAAGUGGACAGCCUCCUCGUUGGACUGAAGAGUUUGUGACUCUUCCUGGUUCUCCACACAGAGAGACCUCAUGCUAACAGGCAUUCCUACAAUCAUGUCCCUUCUUGUAUCAGCAUUUGUCAGCAGGGUGCUUUCUGGAUGGCCUGUUGAACCUUGGGUGGCUUGACUUUAGCCCUUCAGAGUGUUACUGCAGAGUUUAGAGAUGCUAGAGCAAACGUACAGGCUCCCUAUUAGCCCCCAAAAGCUUUAUUUAUUUUUUUUACAAAGCUGCUCAUUAGCACAACAUAGAGGGAAUGUAGUUAUAGUCCUCGGAGGGGCUGCCUCUGUUCUCUUCAGCUUACCUUCCAUAUUCAAAUGUCCCCAAACGUAUUUAAGUUCAAGCCGCGACGUGUGUUUGAACAGCCUGUUUUCCAGCAGUGCUGGAUUAGUUGCUUCUGGAGCCGUGCAGCUGGCAAACGAGCCAAAAAGGAAGAGAGGGAAAUUUCACAGAGGGUAUGGUUUCCCUGUGUCCCUCGGCACUGGAUGCAUUAAAGGAUCAAUGUGAGCGUCCGCUGAGAUGAGACACACUGUGAGCGUCUCUACCAGGCUGGUAAACAAGCAAGAUGUGCAGAAAAAUGUACUGAAUCUACACAGCAGUCAAAUAUGAACACUUAUGGCUAAAGUUAUUUAGAAGUUCUGAAGAUGGAACAAGGGUUCACAGAUUGGUCAAACAAUAUUAGGCAGGAGUGUCACGAGACACCCAAGUCACAAGACUAGAUGAUGUACGAGAUUGAGACGAUAUUUUUAAGAAAAGUACAAUGAAAAAAUAUGACUGGACGAAAAAACUUUUUUAUUUGGUUUUAAAAUGUUUAUUGUGCCACAAAUCGACACUAAAUGAUAUUGUUGUCAACAUUUUUUGAGAGCAUAUAAACCACUGUUAUGAUAAUAUAUAAUAAUAAUGCAAUGUAUCCCUUCAAUGUGUCAUCUUUCACUUUGUAAAGUUGUGGAAUUUCCACUUGUGACAUGUAUUUUCUCAUAGGAAAUUUGCCCUGUCUGUCAAACGUUUGCAGCAUUUCUUGAAAUGCUGGAUUUUCAACUGCAACUGCAUUAGAGAGCAGCAUUUAUUUUGCGAUGGCUUUCUGUGAACGCACACCAUUUUACGCUAUUGUGGUUGUAUUUACUUUGCCGACCAAACAUGAGUCUUGACUGUCAGAAUGAAGUCUCAGAGUGUCGAUGUGUAGUUUUUUUCCCAGGUGGGCAAACUGGGUCGGGUGGAUAUGUUUGAAGUGGGCAAGUUUAAAUAAACUCGGCAUACUGGCACGGUCGUGUCGAUGGGCUCACCUUGCUCAUUAACGUUCCCGUAUGGGAGCUGUGGCAUUUGGCUUUGCAAGCAUCUUUUUCCCUCCUAAUUUCUACUACAUUACCUUGCAUUGUUCCUCACGAGACUCCACUCUGUGGCUGUGUGUGUAUGCUAGCGGCCCCGACUCCCCCCACAGAGACAAAGCGGAUGUAUGACUGACAAGAGGUCUCACUCUGUUUGCCGUUGUUCUGAGGAAUGCUGUUCUUCCAUGAAGCAUCUCGGUGCUGAACACAGAGUGAAACCUUCCUGCCUGUGUGGAGCAAUCACCUGACAAAGGCACCUAGGAGGCGAGUGAAUGAGUGAUGUCUGCUGUGUCUCCUCCGCCACCACCGUGGCUUCUUGCAUCCACCGGUGGAUGCCGGGGCGAUGAGGAGGAGGAGGAGGAAGAGAAAUCAUGCUGUUAUAAACUCUGUUUGAACCCCCACGGUACGCAUGAGGGGCGGCCUCUUUGCCCUAGCCCGGGUCGCAGGAUGCAAGAUAUGACCCUCCUGCUCGACAUACUAGAAGAAGAAGCGGCACCAAAACUAGUCUGAGCAGCCACCUUGUAGUCAUCGAGUCUGAACUCUGGACUUGUGCAGGAGCAUCUGCAGAUUGAUGCUAAAAGUGUUAAGUGUAAAAAUAAUGUUCCCAAUGGGGAGAUCCAGGUUUUUGGAGGUAUGGCUGCAAGGUGCUUGAAAGAAGAAAUACUGUAGUCCCCUUGACUGGUGGAGAUUAUCAGUAUAUGCCCCUACUGUUCACCUCACUGCUGAAGAUGUUUGUUGCCUCUUUGCCUUGUGGUGAGAGUCGAAGCUAUUCUUUUCUCUCACCGAUGGUCCAUGGUUAAAAAUCACAUCAUCAGCCGUCUGAGCACUGGCAGCCACCUCUCCUCCUCCAGAUUGAUGGCGGAAUGGAGGGAAAAAUCAAUGGCUACCUCUCGUCACAAAGCGAGAGUUCUGUCAUGUUUCGGAGGUUGAUGUUCCGCUCUCUCUCCUCAAUGGGAAAUUGAAAGCUGAGUCCAGACUAACUGACAGACGUGAAAGGACCGGAGUCUUUCAAGUCGAUACUUUCCCUCUGAAGCUUCAGUUGUCGGGCACAAAAUUCAAUGCUUCAAACUUUGUAGGAACGGUUCCGGGAGGGCCCUUUUCUGUCCUGCCCCAGUGUACAAAGCAGGCUUGUGAAAAAAUUCCAAAUUUGGAAUGAAGAACUGGAAUUUGAAUUGAAGUGGCUCCACCCCACAGGAUAUUGAAUUGGAAUUGGCAUUAAAGGAAGUGGAAUUGUAGUCAAGUAACAGGAAGAAUUUGUCAAACAAGACGAUAAUUAAACACAAAAUCCCCCCAUUUCCCAUAAUUUGAAAGUUAGAAUACCUCAGAAGGUCCUUUUUUAACUGUCAUUGAGAAACAUAUUUCUAAUUCAAAUAAAAUGUGUACCUGUGGUUCAUAGUAAUAACAUAUUUACAGUAAUAUUUCAUAUGAAAUAUGUAAAGCAGCCAGGUAUGGAAUAUACCUGAAAGCAUGAUCGAUCGAUUGAUGAUUAUGGAGUACACCAAAAUGAUCAGCUGGAAUUUCAUGGAAUUUCAGUUCUACUUCCUGCAAUACCAAUUUGACUUGCAAUUCUACUUCCUGUUUGCAAUCGCAAUUCAAAUUCAUGGAAUUAAAUUGGAAUGUGGCAGACAUUCUCAAUUCAGUCUGGAAUUUUACAAAGCAAAGACCGUAAAGGCAUGCUUGUAUGAGUUUGGUGUGGAAGAACAUGACCCAUCAAACACCCUCGGGGGUGAACAGCAGCGUUGAGUUGAUUCCAGCUGCAAAUAGGAGACCACCUUCGUAUUUUUUUGUUCACAUCUUGUCGGUGUAAUGGCCAGCCGUCCCAAUAUUUUUGUUCCUAUCUGCGCUUUAAAAUCAAGUCGCAUUUAUAAGAAUGGUCAUUGACUUGCGGGUGACCCUAUGAGGAGCGGCAGUGACAGGACCACCCCCCCCCCCUCCAUCCUCAUCACCACUAAGUCAUAUCAAGGAAGGCUCCCAUUCACGUUCACUGCACCCAAAUGAACAAGCAUCACUGGGAUUUUUUUUCAUUCCGACACAUGCCUCGCACCCCUAAUGGGAAAUUCAAAUAUCACAUAUCUGCUGAAUGCAAUAUUCACUUAGCACGAGAUAACACUGUGCCCGAUGUGUCUCAUGUAUCAGGGUCAGAAUAAGCUCUGUCUCCCGUCGCAGCAUAACCGGAUCCUGACACCAGACCUGACUGUGAAAUUUGGUUUACAGGCUUAUUCGGUUACCCUCUCUACUCGUGCAUGUUGGUCCAUUAGUGUGUUUGAGGGAAAGCAGAUUCCAAGGCAUCUUGCGGCUGCUGCCGCUCCUCCUUCUGUGUCUUACACAAGCACCAUCUCUUUUCAUUUUUGCUGGCAUUCUAAUCAGAGCGUUACAAGCUUCAGCGGGUGAAGUACGCAGAAAGUUGUGUUUCCUGACAGCCAAUAAAAACCUUAUAAUCUCCUUGAUUCAAGUGGCCCAUUUAAAAAAAAUACUAACCAGCACUAUCAGUCAGACUCCCCCCCCACCCUUUCCUUUUUGCUUUAAUGUCCUUUUUUUAUUUAAUAUAUAGCCCAUGAAAAAUGAGAGACUCCCGUUCGGACGUGUAGAUAUUUUGUUGCUGAUGAUGCGAGACGAAUUUCCAUCACAGCUUUGUUUCCAGCGGGUGAGCGGAUAAUCUUUUACAGUGCAGGGAGGGAGGCCACCCCUCCCAUCAAUCUCUGCGGCUUAUAGCUGCUGCCUGCCUGCCCGAAUGGGCCAGGAUGCUGCCACCAGGUCAGGCGCCCAUUCAGGGUCCGAAAGCCACAGAGGAGUCAUGUGAGCCCCAAUUUCCCCAAUCCUGCCUAACAAAGGAAAUGCUGUUCUAUUAUUAUUAUUGAAAUCACAUUUAUUUAUUCUCAAGGUGGUCUCAAAGAACAGGCCUGCAUUAGUGUGUCUGCUUCUCAAGGCACUGGCAGCACUAGGGAUGGGCAUUCAAAGAAAUGUCCUUUUUUUAAUCUAUAUUAGGCAUUUUUUACAUUUAGACAUUUAAAAAUGUAAAUGUAAUAAUAAUAAUAAUAAUAAUGUGUGUGUAUAUAACAGUGGUGUGAAACAGUGUUUCCAGAUUUCUUAUUUUUUUGCAUGUUUGUCACACAAGAUCAUCAAAAAAACUUAAAUAUUAGUCAAUGACAACACAACAGAACACAAAACGCAGUUUUUAAAUGAAACGUUUUGUGAUUAAGAGAGAAAAACAUCCCAAACUACAUGGCCCUGUGUGGAAAAAGUGAGAAACUGAGAUUAAUUGAGAUCUAUCAGUCUGGAAAAAGUUAUAAAACCAUUUCUAAGCUUUGGGACUGAGCGAACCACAGUGAGAGCCAUUAUCCACAAAUGGGAAGAACAUGGAACUGUGGCGUACCUUCCCAGGAAUAGCCGGCCUACCAAAAUGACCCCAAGAGCGCAGCGACGACUCAUCCAAGAGGUCACAAAAGACCCCACAACAUCCAAAAACUGCAGGCCUCACUUGGCUCAGUUAAGGUCAGUGUUCAUGACUCCACCGUAAGAAAGACACUGGGCGAAAACGGCCUGCAUGGCAGAGUUCCAAGACGAAAACCACUGCUGAACCAAAAGAACAUUAAGGCUCGUCUCAGUUUUGCCAGAAAACAUCUUGACGAUCGCCAAGACCUUUGGGAAAAUACCCUGUGGUGGAGGACAUGCACUUUCACAAGUUUUAGUUUUGGCAUCAUGAUCUGUGCACCUACAGCAUGAGAGUGGCCCGUACUGCUCCCUGCACUCCUGUCUGCCCUGGCAGUUGCACGCUGCACAUCCCGUGGAGAUGGCCCUCACUGAUUGACAAUAAUGGAAAGUGGCAGAAUUGAUGGGAAACAAGAGAGUGGUGUGCGUGAAAUUCUCCCGGAGCUUCCAGUCACAGACCAAAGGCUCUGACUGGGCUCACUUGUCAUCCCUCCAGCAGUGGGAUUAAGGCCUGUGACAGCUGGAGCAGCCUGAGAGAAAGAUGCCGUGUCCGUCAUUGGCUGCUGACAGCUGGGAAAUGGUGACUUAGACUGCAUAUUUGAGUCAUUACCUGGCUGGACCGAGGGGAGCACUGCACUGUAACGUAAAGAUACUGUACAUGGAGGGAUAACAUAUUGAUGAAAAAAUCAUUCUCCUCACAUGACCAAGAUAAACUUAGCCGUCACAGGAACGUGAGAUACAGAAUCUCCUGAAAGGGGUGGACGGCCUGGGCUCUAAAAAGCCAUUUAAGAGAGUGCUUUCCUAAAGUAUCUCGUUUCUAGGCCUGAAAUAACCACUCACCUUGUGCUGCAGCCCAGGAUGUGUGUGCGCGCCCUGUCGGCGGACGGAGGGCAGGUGUCAUGUCAGAAGGGGGCACUUCAUUCUCUAAUUGAUCGGCAAAAGAUGCACACGAAGAAGACGUUAGCGCAAAAUGAAGUCAUAACAGUGGAUUGAGACAUUUAUUAAGUCAGGCGAAAGGCCCUCCGAAACGUUGAGAUUGUUUAUUGAUUUUUGUGUUUUGGCUGGCUGCACGGGAGUAAUCGCUCGUCACAGUGCCACAUGGCUUGAGUGCAUCCCAACGCAAGGGCGGAGGCUUGGACUUCCUCUUAAAGGAUGCUACUUUGACAAGCGGGUUCCCCUUCUCCCGCCAUUUAGUUGCACAAAGCAGUUGAUGUUAUCUGGUGCAUAAAAAGCAUCAAAAUUAUUGCUAUUAGUAUCUUAGACAGACUUUUUUGUUGUUUUUGUUUGUUGUUUUUGUCCAAUCUCUACAUUUGGAGAUACGUGGUUUUCAUGGGAAAGAGAUGAUAUCUCAUGCAUGUAAUGCAAACAGGUUUUCUCAACUGAGAUGGAAAAACACUACUGUGUGUGUGUGUGUGUGUGUGUGUGUGCAGGUGAGUGUUAGGUAGAGUUCACGCAUACUGGUGACAUCAAUCUGCCUGUUCUUUAUUAGGCGGAGCAGUGAGGUGUAACUGACUGCAUUGUCCACAGAUGGACUGGGGCGCAUCGCACACGGGACCCUGGUCAGCCCCCCUGACAAUACAAUCAAUAAGCACACACUCAUUAUGGGAUCCCUGCCUGCCCGUGGAGCCUUACGAUCUGGCUCGCUGGAUUUUAAACUCCGUCUCUCCCCUUAUUUUAAGUACCCAGUUUCUUCUUCAUACACUGAUAUCUGUUUUAGCUCAUCCAGGACAUUAGUUUAGUUUUACUCUGCAAUUCUGUCAAAAGUCUAAACAGCAAAGGUUGAAGGGACACAGUAGCACUCCCCUCCCCCCCACAAGGCAUGGCUGCUACUGCGCUGCUGCUGCAGCACUCUGCUGUCACACUGGACAGUUGUUGGAUGACAGUGAUCCAGCUUGGAGCCUGGGGCCUAUAAAUGGUAAUGCCCUCCACUUGCUUUCCUCAUAAAGCAUAAUAAAAGGAGGUUAUAAAUCGUACCAAUUAGCUGCGUCCAUCAGUCGCCUUAAUUGGAGUGUCGUGACUGGCUAGGGGAUGACCUUGUGCAUGCGCCAUCGCGCGAAGACAGACGAGAGGGCCAGAGGCGACAUCGCUCUGUGGAUGUGUGGAGGACUUAGGCUUCUUUAAAGCAACUCUAUUUAACCUCCCGUACAGAUGGGGGCCUGUGAUACGUUUGUGCUGACUGGCCUGUUAGGGGGAGGUUUACAUAAUAAAGGUAGAAUAUAGCCCAAAAUGAAGAUUCCAGCUAAGGAAAAGACUAAAAGUUUACUUUUACCAUUAACAUGAAAAAUAUUUGCAAUGCUGGGCCGUAAACUCUGCUGAAAACAUUUUUUUUUCCCACUUGUCCUCAUUAGGGUCUGGACUGGUCACCCACCAAUCACAGCCUUUACCUGCACACCCUUAAUCAAUCAUUUAUUUGUCUUUGAGAUUAUUACAGACCGAUGUUAUUAAAAACCAACCACAAUGUUUUUUCUAUUACUUAAAAUGUAUGGAAAUUAAAUUGUGUCAACUGAACAAUAUACUGUACAUAAUGAUGAAGGCAAUUCAAUUAAAAUUUCAAUUCAAUUCCUUGUACUGUACAUCCCAAAAGCCAACAAGCACAGCCGGCCCUACCCAAAGUGGCGCCCUUGGCAAGAUUUGACUGUAUAUGGUGCCCCCCCCCCUCUAUCUGCGAUUUGCAUGCACUUGCAAAAGACAUCGAAUGGCAUUGUUUUAAAUGUUGUCUUUAAUUUGUAAGUUAACAUAUCACCCUAUUUACAUGGUCAACAAAUUACAAAUAAAUAACAAAAAAAACCCCAAAUGGAAUUUAAUAUAAAUACCCGUACCACAAAACAAAAAUCCUGUAAAUAAAGGAAUAAAUAACAAUCGAAAUUAAUUAAAAAUAAAACAAUCAACAUCAAACAAUUUCAGUAACCACAAAUAACUAUAUACUAAAACUACAAAUAUUGCAAAAGUAUUAAAAAGUGUUAAAUUGACCAUAAACCCUGUAUUAGUAACAACUCUUGGUAUGAUGCAGUACAGUCAUACACCACAAUAACCAACUGAGUGUUCUGUUCAUUUCUCUCAUGAUAAAGUGAGAUCAGAUAUACAUAUGUACAUACAGUAUAUAUUUAUACAUUUAUACAUAUCAUUUAUGUUGGAUCUCAUUAGAUCGUAGUAGUUGGAGCUAAUGUUUUGGCCGGUGACUGCUCAUUUCUCUUUGAUCCGUGAACUCGUGUGUCCUGGUUCAAGUGGCUCAGCUGCCCCCCCUCAGCAAUGCAGCCAUGCCUAUCUUCUGUGUCCUCGUGUGGGCUUGUCCUCUCCCCCUCAGCACUUCAUUCAAGCUGCAGUACCUCUGUGGCCACUCACACCGGAGACCUCAGCUUCCGCUUUCCCUCAGAACAUCUCGUGACACCGCCUGUCCUCUGAGGGGGGAGGGGACACUGAGCGUGUUUGUCUGCAGCGGGGGCUUCAUGUGCUGCUAGUGAUGAGUCUUUACACUCUCACCUCCCAUUUGGGAUUAGGCGGUAAAGACCGGUUAGCCAACCAGCUGUCGGAGAAGUUUCUUUCCGGCUGACUGAGGGCUGACGACAGUUGUUUCCCUUUUCUCUUCAGAUAAUUCAGUCAACAUGCUUUGAACUGCAGAUAAGGGAGGCAGAGGACAACCCGAGGGAUGAGUCUGUGGGACGAGGACAGCAGACUGGAAGGGCAAGACAGGGAGAGGGGAAGCAGGUGUAUGGAAACCGGAGAGGAUAAGUCAAAUAAGACAGGUGAAAGUGUCCAAUUUACACAAUGAUUUUCUGCAUUAGCUCGUAUGAUAGCAGUGCCUAUGGGUUUAUAAUAGCCGUGCCUAAGGUCACAUGAUUCUUACUUGCAAGUCACAUGACCUUCAACCACACAAAAUACUCAAAUAUCACUUUGUAUUUGUGUUGGCGUACACUGGUGUGACGUCUACAUAAACAUUUUUAAAAUAAAAAGUUCUGGCCUUUCCUCCACAUGCAAACCGCGUUUUAGAUUUUGUUUGAUAACUCCAUCUUUUCUAAGGAUUGGUGGACUAUUUCUUGUUGCUUGUCUCCUUUUAGAUGACAGCGUACAGUCAGGAUUAACUCCACUCUUAGUCAAUGUGGAGGACUCUUUUCUUUUUCCUCAAUUUGCUGUUGUUUUUGCUAAUGACUUUCUUCAGGACUUUCCUCUGCUGGGCUGAAUUUACAGUUGGAGGGUUUUAGCACCACCUGUUGCUUUGAUAUGGGCAUGACAGCCUGAUGGCAUAUGGGCAGAUGUAUUUAAAACACUGAUAUUGUAUUAGAGAUGCUUGAUAUUGGCUUUUUUUUCUGAUAUCCAGCAAUAAAAAGAUUAUUUCCGAUGCCGAAAACGAUAUACGCAGCAACUCUUCCCUUAAAUAUCGUGGAAUGAAAACAUUAUGCUUCUACUGGAUGCGAUAUGCAAUACAAGUCAUUGAAAAAGUGCCAAAAGGCUGAAUGUGACUCUGUUUGAUUCUCCCUGAGGUGUGAUAUUAGAUUAGUGUUGAGGAAAGACGCCGUAGUCCCCCCCUGCAUGACCAGCGCGUUUUGUCAUGUUCCGCAUUACAGAUUGGACUUUAGUUUUGGUUUUCCGUAGUUGUCAUGUUGUUUCCUGUUUUGCACUCUUAUUUUGUUUUUUUAAUUUCCUGUUUGACACAGUGCUUGUAGCGGUACGUGUUUCUUUGCAGUCUUUGCAAAUUGCAUUUUUACAAUCCAAAGGUGAAACUUGGAAAUCAUUCUGGACCACGAACAUACUGAGCUUGUUGAUCUGUGAUAGCGAUGUUAUCGGCAGGAAAUAGUUUUUUCUUUAAUGCCAAUAUCAGCGUCCCCGUUUGUUAUUGCCUCAAUUUUACAUGAAUGUUAAGGCUAUUGUUGUACAUGCAAACAUCAGCCUCAGAUAGGAUCUCCCUUGAAAGUUCAUUUUCCCAGAUGAACCUACUUGAGAAAUAUGGGGAAUUAAUUUCCAAAUAACGUUGCAUAGAGUGGGUUUUGUUUUGUCGCCACAUGCUUUUGCAUACCUUCCAGGUGUUGUGUGGUGCAAGAGCCCAGGGCGCUGUGGUUCACAGUGAGGUCCACGCUGAAAGCCCUGGCCUGGCCCAUCAAAGGGCCCAUUGAGGAGCGGGUUCAGGCGAGACAGAGAGCCACAGUGUGGACGCUGGUAAUUUGACACCAUCUGACAGUCGAGCCACACAGCCCACUCAGAGUGGUGCUGACAGAGAUUGGGCUCAUUCACAUCUACUGGCUGAAUGUCGUACAGGGACACACUGAUUGAACUGAAGUCACUAUCCCUGUUAAAUGAACAGAUAAAAGAAUUCAAAGAGAUAAUCCACAUAAGGAAUUGCAGAAAUUGGGUGUAUAUAAUAAGAAUUUUGUAGGAUUUAUUGUUGGUGAUUUGUGUCUUGAAGCAAUUGGGACAAAACUGAGUGCACUUCUUGCCAGCAGCCAGCAGAGGUGCUGUUGCUUGAGGCAAUGUCCAGGUGUUUGUCCUUAAAAACAAAGCUUUUGGAAAACUUUGGCCAGAGCGGAGAUUUUCAAAAACUGUGUGUGUGUGGACCAGUGACGUGGUCAAAAAAUGAUUAAUGAUAACAAAAUAAAUAUUAAUAUUUGUCCAUUUAACAGUACUAUAAAGUAAUAUGUUAUUUUCUCUAUGAUUUCAAUCAUUUUUAACAUUUUCUUAAGUAAAAAUUGCUGAAUUUGCACAUUUCCUGAUCAAAUACACGGCGGAAAGCCGAAGUGAGGCCAACGCGAGCGUGGCUUUUUGGCGUCGUGCGCAAGCCCCCCUCUGAGUGCAGUCAAUGAGUGCAUGGAGUUGGAUCACGGCGCCUGCCAGGAUAUAUAAUGUUGCAGAAACAUUUCCAAUACACCAUGACUUUCUGCAGCCUGUGUACAUUCUUUAACGUAAGUGUGACAUAAUGAGUCUUGCUAAUCAAACAUAGAAAUGUCAUACGUGGCGGUGCUGCAGUAAUGGCCUCAUCCUGAACUUCAAGACCUGAAGUGUGUGGGCGUGCGUGAGCUGGCAGGUGCAUAUAACUGCUUCCACAGUAAGGUAGAGCUCAGCGUGCAUCAUCAGCAAAGACGGCAGAUAGAUAAGACAGGCCCCUCGGCAUCCACUUCCAUAGUACGCACUGAACAGGUUUGGCUUUCACGAAGCAGAAGCAGAAGCAGAAUCCAGAAACAUUGCAUUGUGAAGAUGUCCCUGUCACACCGUCCAAAAGACAAGAUUUGUCAUUUUUCAUGUUUCCCACAAGACAGGUACGUGUGAUAAAAGGGUUGUAGAUUUAUAACACUGGUAGUUGUAAAUAAACACGACAGUGGCCAAGACUCAAAGUGUCGUCCCACACAAUAUAGCUUAAAGCUCAUUUGUUUCUCUGGGUGAUUACAUGAAUUCAUGACAAGUCAGUGGUGAUGAUGAUUUAGGCUAUAGUCGGUCAAAUGUAUUAGCUUUACUGAAAUAAAUGUUGCAUUGUGUGAAUACUUGGAGUUAAUUAUCCAUAUAAUGUGUCGUCUUCAAAGAAACGGAGCUUUUCCUGCAGAAGGAUCGGCACAUGGUAACACCACAAACGCUUCUCAGGCUUAUAAAAUACAAUAGAAUGAGACUACUCUCGUGUUUUUCUUGUUAUCCUUUAAUGUAUUAACAUUGAUUAGAGUGCAAGAAUUUUCAGUAAAAAAGGAAAAAAAUCCAAAGUGGUUUGUGCCUCACCAGCCACAGACGUCACCGCACGUCACUGGUGUGGACGGGACGUGAAACUGAGCUUUUUGGUUUGUGUGAUAAGAAAUAUGAGACAUUAUUUCGUGUUUUUAAAGCUCAUUUAAUCACAGAACAUGCAGUGAUGGACUUACAGGUGUUGGUGUGCUUAUAACACGCAUGGGCCAUUAAAAAAAACAUUCUGUGUAAAUGAGAGCUGAUUUUAAAGAUAAUGUACACAUCAUUGUACAUCUAAUAUUUUUCUGUUAACAGAUGCACUGUAAUGCGUGACCGAGUCAGAUGUGGUGGCUUUUUCAGGCUUCUGAUUGGUCAAAGUGCGCAUAACAGUGUUAGCAGUGUUAUUUUUAAAAGGCACUCGUGUGUAUGGAGAUUUUUUUAACACCAGUAUAGUAGAAAUGUGCGUUUUUUUUUAAAUAUGGACACAGCCUCAGUCUCAACUAGUUUGCAGUCUAAAGAAGACCAACAUGGCGUCAGCUAAGGGAGUGGAGCUACAUACCCUUGCUAUAGCCAGUAACAUGCAGUGAGGUUCAUGGCUGGCGAGGCAAUGACUCUUUUGGAGUUUUUAAACGUUAAAACAGCCAAAAAAGAUGAGAAUAAUUAACUUUGGCUCAAAAUGUUUUCAAUAUGUUUUCAGAUACUUCUUCGACCCAUUUACUGUAUUUGAUUUUAUUUUUUUAUACACUGAAAAGCGUUUGUGUUCUUCCCUUUUUUGAUGAAGCACAUGCAGCCUUUCCUUCUCUAGGAAAUGUUCUGAUACUUUGCUGUAAGAGUUCGAUCACCUCCUGGCGAGUUUGAGUAUGUAAUCCUCCAUCUUGGCAGUCAAAUUCAUUCAUUCAUUCAGCAGAGCGUAAAAAUAUAUUGAAUGCAUUUUAUUUUCUUUUUUUUUUUUGCAAACACUGAGCGUGUACUUAAAACAGUAACACACUUAGGCUAUAGGACAAGGGACACCGCUGUACAAGAGGAAGGGAGGGUUGUGCUUUGUCGGCAGAUAUGUCACUAAUUGAGAAAUGGGCUGAAUAGCAAAAAUAAUUAUGAAAAAAAUGCAAGAUAGUGAUAUAUAAUAUGCUAUAUUAGAGAUAAAAACAAAAAUAUAUAGCACUGCAUUCUUCCCGAUUCUGAGGAACACUGCCAGUCUGCCUUGACUGAAGUUCCAAGUCUCCCGAAUUAUGAUGGGUUUUUUUUUAAACGUUCAGUAAAAAAAUGAAUAGGUUACUUUUGGACGCCAAUAUAACAUCCGCAGCUGCCUCUCUCACCGCACACACACAGCAGUUUCCCCUCCCUUCUUCUUUCCUUCCUCACACUCAGCCAGUCAGCAGUCAGGACUCAGCUUGAACACAUUUACCCAUCACAGACAGUCGGAAAUUAGAACAAACACGAAUAUUAAAAAAUGAUUGAAACACAGAUAUAUAUAUAAAACACAUAAAUUUUCCCUCUCCAUUCACACGAGUGGAGUAAAAAAAAAAAAAAAAAAGUCUCUCCACAGCCACAAAUUCAUCGGCUGUCAUGUGCAUUUUGUCCAAUCAGAAGCCUGGAAAAAUAAGCACAGCUGACUUGAUCACACAUUCUAAAUGUCCCGUGCACGUUAUCUUAGUUAUAGGGUGCACACAUCUGUGUGAGGCGGGAUAGAGGGGAGAUGUUGGCAGCUCUGCAAUUAAUCAACCUAUUACUAAUUGGUUAUGAUUGGUUUGUUAUCACAAAGAAAUUAAUAAAGUUAUGCGUAUGAAAUAAAACAAUCCUAAUACAAAUCUGUGAUACACGAAAUGCGAUUUUAUAAACUAUAUGUCCUCACAUCAGAAAUGUGAAUAGAUGACUUAAAUAAAAAUACAACAGAUUUUUGUUCAUCUCACAGUCUGUCUUUAACGCUCCACGUAGGUGCACUUCAAAGUUGAGGCUCUUUCCACUGAAUGAUCUCAUUAACGGAGCACCUCCUGAAUGUCACACCUACAUAGAUAAAAAAAAAAAAGAAGAAGAAGAAAAAGAAGUGUGUUUUAAUGAAGCGUAAUUUAAUUUUAACUGUGAGCCUCUGAAAUGAGCAGCAGCUGGGUCACGACUGGGCUACUGCUCUCGUUGAUGGCCUCAAGUAAGCCUCACCUGUCGGUCAGUAAAAGUCACACCGCGCCUUCAAUCACCACAGUGGACAUCCCUUCUGUCCUCUAACGUGAUCUACAGCUAUUAAUAGACGCAACACAAACACCAAAUAAUAAAUUCAUCCGUGCGUUUACUUAAAAACAAGCUUCAUAAGGUUAAGCAACAAUAUGUAGUCAUAUUCUGGAUCGUGUUCGUGCCAGGGUUACUGUACAAAGUAGGGAAGCUUCCAUAAGCUUUGUCACUUCCUCGAAUGAGCAGAAAAGAUCUAAUUCAAGAAAGAACAGUCAUGAAAGUGAUUUUUGUUAGCAUGUAUAUUCAUUAGCUUAGCUUUUACCAAGCAUAUGUUCUUGUGUAGGAUAACAGUUGUUGCUUCACAGCUGGAAGGGGGGGCAAAACAAAACAAAAGAAAACUAGAAUAGGACGGGGUGACCAAAGGACGGGUCAAAUUCCCAAGCGCUUGCGUCGUUCUGUUUUAGGAAUCAUUUUUGUUUUUGAAUGUUCUUCCUUUGGAAUUUGUGUCUCUGAUUAUAGAUAGCAUUUUGUAAUACAACCAUAUUCCAUCCAUACAGAGGAGGCAUACUUUAAAUGUACUGAAAUUAUAAGGCGUCGUUGAGUAACGCUUAAGAGUAAGGGUAAGGGGCAAGGGGUGACUUCUUCGAGUAUCGCUGUUGUCAUGAUUUACACUCUGCUUGGUUUGCUGCCCUCUGCUGUCUCGUUUCAUCGCUGCAGAGGAACUCUCUCACCAGCUACUUGACGAGCGCAGCUGCAGCUCAUUACCAAUCAGCCCCUUCUUAAGCAGUGCUGUCUCUCUCAGGCAGCAGCACCUUUCGUUACCGUUAACUUCCCCUUUUUGAUCCCAAUCUUCUUCGUCUCCAAAGCUCCUGGCACCUGUGCCAGCAUUGUAACAAUUGUAUUAUUAUCAAUGCAUCUCAUUGCUAGGUUGAAUGUCCUGGUUUUUGGUAAUCAAAACAAUAACACCUUCACUAAGCCCAAACAAUCCUAUCCAUUACUUUUUUACUCUAGUAGUGUAGAUAGUGGUAGCGUUACAAAACCACAACAACUGUAGCUCCACCUGCUGGAUCUUGGACCUCAUUGGCCCCAAUGCUAACAAACUCUUAUCAAUCUGCAGUAGAAUGUCAAUAAGUUCUACCCUAACUCAUGCACCACCGAUCUACAGUACUCUCUAGCAAGGGCGCCGUAAAUGGGGGAAAGUUUAGGACAAUUGCAGAGCCCCCCCAAAAAUAGGUACAAAAUGAAUAUGAUUUUGCUAUCCGGGUUGAGAUUUUUUUUUCCAAAUAUAGUCAUAAAACAAUCAACAACAAUCUCUUUGUUUUUACUUGUUUUUGUCAAAACGUUAAGGCCCUGUCACACCUUGACGAUUUAGCCAGCCUACGCCAACGUAUGAAAAAUUUGGCCAAUACGCUGGUGUACGUCGAAUAAGUUAUGGGUAAGUUUUGUAUAAGUUAAGACAACGCUGAAGCACGCCGGCAUACGUCGUAGUACAUCCAAGUCGUCCAAAAAUUUUGUGCAUGCACAACGUAUGAUUCAUCCGUUUCGCAUACGCGGGCAAUAAGUUAUGCAAUCGUUGACGCCCGUUCACACACGUUAUUUGUAAGUUACGCACAAGUCGUAAUACGUCAACAUACCUUGAGACAAAACUGUGUCUUCUUGGCUCUCUUCUUGGCAAGGGUUGGCUGAGAGGAGAUGGAGGCCACUGGGGAAGCAGCUUCCGAUACCAUUGACGAUGCCUGAGAGGCGUUACAACCUGCGUCAUCUCCAUCAGAGUGAGAAUGGGAGGGGGAGGCUGUGGGUGGCUUCUUACGUCCACGUCCUCGUCCUCGGCUUCCGUCACUGCCCUGAUACUUCUUGGCAGCGGUCUUCGAAAUUUUCUUCGGCAUGAUGGUGAGGUUGACACUGCGAUGUCCAGUGAGGUUGUAAUUUGAGUCAUCAAGUGGCGGCCUUUUUAUAGGCUACGGCACGUGAUCGUCGGCCAUACGCUGCCGUGCGGUUUGCAUAAUUAGAUUGGCGUUGGGCAUAUGUUGUGAACGCCGGCAACACGCUACGCAUUCGUUGGUAUCAGUUAUCUAUAAGUUAUAGAAAUGUUCUAUAUAAGUUACUAAUACGCCAUGUAUACGUCAAACUCGUUAUGAAUACACUAUGUAUACGCCCAAAAUGGAAAAAAAACGUCGACAGUUCAACGUAUGCCAUCAAAAUGAUCACGUCGGGCAUGCGCUGGCUAAAUCGUCAAGGUGUGACAGGGCCCUAAACCUCCACAUUGACCAACCACCCCCUUAUAUCUGCAUGAAAUGUUUCGGUCCCGCAUUUAGACCAUUGACGGUGCUUCGUAGCCGCCAGAGAGAUGUUGCCUCGUACUAAAAUUACAUUUGGUCUUCAAAAAAGGAAGGAGAGGCAAGAAAAAAAAGGAGAUUGGGUAGAACUACUAGGGCUGCGUUGAAAAACGGGAUCGCCUUUAGAAACAAAAGUACUUGUCUCGUUUGUCAACAAUUUGUCUCUUAUUUCUAAAUGUCAAUGGCGUCAAUGAAUGAUGGAGGCGCUUUACAUAAAAUUUUACGCAAAACUUUUUUUCCGUUCUGUCACCAAUAACGAAAUAAAAGGAAAGAUUCCACCCACCUUGCUGUAAAACUGCUGUGGUGUAACGGUGUAUGUGUGAACCUGCAAAAGCAAACAGCCUGUGUUUGAUCCCUGGCUGUGCCAUAUUGCUUUUUGUUCGUUAGUCUGUUAUUUUGUUCUCAAAAUAAAUGAUGUGUUACUCCAAAACGUCCAUCUAAAUUCAGGAGCAUACAAAUAGCUUUUAAGGGUCAGUCCUAGAGAUGUAGUGGCUACAGCUGGCCAUGCCUGAUUUUCUUUCACGGGGCCCAGAAUUCCAGGUGGCACCACUGCUCUCUAGUUUUGCAAAAAUCUGUUAUGCAGUUUUUGCGUAAUCCUGCUAAAGAAAAAUCGAUAAAACUAACUCAUGAACCAGUCCGUGAUCAAAACCUCAUAUCGUGUGUGUUUUGUUCUCAACAGAGGCAAAUUCCGUGCUGUUAUUUUUAACAAAUUGCUGCUGUCAGCAGUCUAUAUACUGUAGAGUAGUGCUUGAUUUGAUUGUAUGUAGAGCAUGGGUAUAGAGCAUGUCAUCACAUUGCACUAUUCCAGGUAUUCCAGUCUAUUGCCUGUUAAAAGACAGCCUUAAAUAACAGUUUAUUUUGAUGCCAUGGUAGAUGUUUGUUGCUCAGUAAAAUAUUGCACGAGCAGAAGUGUUGUCACCUGCAGCAGCCAUUCAGCUUCACGUCUAUAAAUCGCAGCGCUGGACUCUGCAGCUGCCUGUCCUGUCACCUUAGUCCACGGCAAGCCUCAGAUCUCUUUCAGCGCGCGUAUGUACGUGUGUCUCGCACCUUUGCACGUGGCGGUGCUUUGAAGAGCCGCCCCUUGUCCCGCCCCGCCUUAAGCCUCUUCAAGUGCCCCCGCCACCCACACCCCCACCCCCCACAAAGCCUUGUGCCACUGGACCGCGCAUAUACAAAUCACCACGGCCUUGUUAGCAUAGUUUAGUGAAGAUGUCAGCUUUACGAGAAGCCUGGGAUGCUUGCUAUACGUGUCAGGGACAGCCCUGACCCAAGGGGGGAAGUGCAGCAUGGCCACACGUAAAUUUUAGUGGAAGAGAGCUGUGGAGCAGCAGGCCUGCUGAGAGAAUUCCUGCAUCAAACAAAAAAAUAAUUCCCCAUGUAUCAUAAAUGAUAAUUUGGUCAUCCAUCACUGAGGAUGUUGCUUCCUCUGCUCCUAAUCAAAGCAACGAUAAAUGGUCGCUUUCUUUACGUGUGCAUGUUGGGGGGGUUGCAGGCCGGCAUCAUUACAUUGUUAAUCUCAUUUCCUUUCUGACGAUUGAAAAUGGAGAGAGGCUGUGAGUUUAUCAGGCAGAUAAAUGGACAGCCCAUCCUCGGAGGAGAUCUAAUCUGUCAUGCGUCAAGGCUGGGCUUCACCUGCCAACAGAUAAUAACCACGUCGAAGGGCACUGAUGAUUUAGACUAGCCUGGCCCUUUGUUUGCCUCCACAAACACCCCAUCCUCUCAUUCAUUAAAAGUCUGCAAUUAGUGACCCACUUGACGUCAGGUAGGGUGCUGCAAGAUGGGUAUUAAGGCAUUAAAAAACUGCGUGGAACUCUAUUACAGCUGACCUUUUUGGUGAAACGACUGAUAUUUGAGAUUGCAUUCACAAUUCAAUGAAAACUUCCUUUUUACACUUAUUGGCCGAGCCCUUUCCGACUGUGCUGUGAAAUGGGGUCUCGCGCAGCCUCCAGCUUGUUAAUUAUGAUCUUUAUAAAUUAAAUUAAGAGGAUGUCACUGCUUGAUUUUUUUUAUCUUCUCGUCCUACAGGUUAAAAAGGAGAUAAGAUACUUAUCACCUCUGGAAUGAUGGAAAACUAUCGCCUCUUCCAUACUAAUUGCAAUAUGUACCAAUUGCCCCUCCGAUAUUUAGCCUUCACCUCUCAGGAAAUAUUGUCUGUUUUAUUACACCGCAUUUGAGAGUAGCAUAUGGUAGAUUUUGAGAGACAGCUCUGUGUGGCUCUGUGUGACAGCUUCUAUUGUGAUAAAAAUGCCUUUUAGUAAGAUCAAAGGAAGCAUUGUUACAUGUAAAUGCAUGUAAUUUUUUUACAUGUAAUUAUCAUAAUAAUACAAUACAGUAAUCCCUCGUUUAUUGCGUUUAAUUGGUUCCAGACACGACCAUGAUAAGUGAGUUUACGUUAAAUAAGAGUCCUUCUUUAUAAAUGGAAUAUUUCCAUGGUUGCAGUAUGGCAUAGAAAACCUUUACGAGGGGUUUACAAUCUUCUAAAUACCUUUUUUUUUAACAUUAUUACAGCCCUUUAGAUAUGAAUUAACAAUCAUAUAGUCACCUUUACAUUCACAUUACCCAAUAUAAUAGACAUAAUCAGAGAAAAUAAGCCAUUUAAGACAUAGAGAAACAUUCCUGUCGCAGUAAAUGUGUGCUGGUGCUAGUAGGGGAGCAGAAUGGGUGGCGGAAAGGAAGUGAGUGGUCCGCCACCCAGUGGGUCCGGGGUUGAGAGUCGUUUGUUAUGGCUGCAACAGUAGCCUGUGUUGUUAUGAUUAUUGAUUAUGAUGAUUAUUAUGAUGUCGUUAUUAUUGUGCCUGUUGUGGGAUAAUUUAAACCUGCAAUAAAAGCCCGUUGUUCUGGUGAUCAAGUCUGGUGCUUGUCUCACCAAACAGUUACUGACAUCUAGGGUCAGAUCAAUGUAGAAUACUACAUUUACAAUUAGAUUUUUCUUUGCUUAUAUAUGUAUUUUAGUUCUUUUAGCCAUUUUCAAGCUUGAAAAUGCUUAAUUUAGGAAAAAAACAUUUGCUUAAAUAUGCAUAUUUUCUAAUAAUACGCUGUAUUCAACCACAAAACAGCAUGAUUUAUUCAUGUUUGAAAAUCCGUGAUCGAGUGAAGCCGUGAUAUUUGAACCGAGAUGUGGCAAGGAAGGUACUCUCUUAAGGGUCUUGGGGAUCAUCAAAUGUUUUCUGGCAAAACUGCCAGAAAAGCCUUAAUGUUCUUUUGGUUCAGCAAUGGUUUUUGUCCUCGAACUCUUCUUAUGUAUUCUUACGUGUCUUCUUAUGGUGGAGUCAUGAACACUGACCUCAACUGAGGCAAGUGAGUCCUGCAGUUCUUUGGAUGUUGUGGGGUCUUUUAUGACCUCUUGGAAGAGUUGUCGUUGCACUCUUAGGGUAAUUUUGGUUGGCCAGCCAAUCCUGGGAAGGUUCACCACCGUUCCAUGUUUUUCCCAUUUGUGGAUAAUGGCUUUCACAAGCUUUAGAAAUGGCUUUAUAAACCUUUUCCAGACUGACAGAUCUCAAUAAAUCUCAGUGAAGUUAUGUUUUAACAGGGGGCAGUCACAUUUUAAGCAUUUUAAGCAUGACAAACAUGCAACAGUGUAUAUCUAUUCCCAAAUCGCAAACAUUGACAGACACACCGAACUCCUCACAUCAACACCACCGCAUGUCAGUGAGUAACAACUACUAAAGUUCAUCCAAGCAAGCUUCUGUUUUCCACACAAAAAAGAGCAAUGGCUAAGUUGGCUGAAUUUAAGUCAAGUAAAGUGUAGGAAAACAUUUUAUUGUUACUGUAGUGCAUUUGAAAACUACAAGACCUGUUCUAAAGGUAGGUGAGUAAUAUGUUUUAGCUUGAUUUCAAUUUUCACUUCAUUUGGAGCUGUUAAUAAAUGUACAUGAUGAUAAAUAUACAUAAUCCUGCCCUGUCGUUAUUCUUUCUGUUAAUAAAAUACAGUUCAAAUGUGCAUAUUUCAGAUAGACAGUAGAUAUGUAUUUAAGAUAUAUAAUCAUGAUUAAUUAAUUCAGAAACUGUGAUUCAAAAUUGUAAUCAUUUGACAGCCCUAGCUAGUUUAAACUUUUUUUUUUUGUAAUAUUUUUUGAUCCUGUCUUUUCAGCGUGGCCUUAAUGCUCCUCACACACUGCACUUGCCCGGCUCGCUGUUUGCGUUGUCACAUAUCUGAGCUUUUACUGUCUUUUUGAAACAACUAUCACACUCAACUCUGCCAGGCCUGUUUCUUGCCUUGACUCAGGCCCACUAAAGCUGCCUGGGCUCAUCUUUAUAUUAUCUCCCUCCUCUAUACACACCCACACCCACACCCGCACGCACACGCAAACACACACGUACACACACUCACAUGCGGCAUGCAUUUAUUUACCCGUUAUAGCUUCUAAUGCAGUUUGACGAAUGAGUGACAGCUUGACACUUCAUUCGGCAAGAUUAAUAGAACGACACAAUAUUUACGUGGCAGAGACAGCCAAUUAUCCCACCAUCUAUCAUCCAGAUUAUCUUUCUGAUUGAAAACUACUCGUCCAUGUAAUCGGAAUUAUUUGGAAUUAGAAGGGAAUUUAUGGCGCCUUGUGUCACUUUUCCCGCACGGUGGUAAAUUAGAAAUAUUAGAUACAUAAAGGGAGUGGAGGAAAUGGCAUAAAUAGAGGCGCAGAGUUAAUGUCACCCGUUUAUAUAUAUAUAUUUUUCGCUCCCUUUCAGUGCCCCCGCGUGAACCCCAUUUUUGAGUCACCAUUUUAUAGGUUGCCUGCGCAUAUUAUUAAUACAUAGAUUACACUGCAGAGUCAGGCGAUACUGCAACCUGUGCUUGCAUGGGCGAGUCACACAUAUUGGUGUGCCUUGUGUGGGGGGAUGUUGAUAUGUUUGAAAGGACAGGGGGUUAUUUGAAUGGGAAUGCUGCAUUAAACGUUUUCAUGACUGUAAUGGAUAGAUCUUAUCAAGAGACAAUGCGUCGUGUGUAUUGAUCUCUGUUUUUCAAUGUCCAUCCAAGGCAGGCCUGACAUUAGUUACGCAGUCCUUCAACCUCUGUUGGUGUAUGGACAUGACCCAUUUUACCCUUUUUUGAACAUUUUUGUACAAACCUUUAUCUCUUCAUUAAUUUAGAAAAACCUCUCUGACCUUUAGUGCGUGCACCCCCAUUUCACAGUUCCGACUGUUUAGCCUAUUAUAAAACCAUAUGUCAUUGUCAAGGAUGAACAGUACAGUAUUCACUGGGCGUGUCACGAGACACCCACCUCACGACACGAGCCGGUGCACGAGAUCGGGCCCACGAGAUUGAGACGAGACGAGAUUUUAACGUUAAUUUUAAGAAAAGUACAAUGAAAAAAUAUGACUGGACAAACAAACUUUUUUUAUUUAGCCAAGUCACAAAACAAUGCUGAGGUGUUUUGAAAUGUCUAUUGUCCCACAAAUUGACGAUAAUUGAUAUUAUUGUCAAAAUUUUUAGACCAAACAAACUACUGUUAUAUUAAUGAAAAAUAAUAAUAAUAAAAUUAACAAUAUGUCAUAAUAAUGCAAUAGUUCCUUUAAUAUGUCAUAUUUCGGUCUGUAAAGUGACGGAAUUGGCAUGUAUUUUCUCACAAGCAAUUUGUACUGUCUGUCACAUUUUUUGUUAGCCUUAAUGUUGCUUUUUGUAGUCGCAUUAUGUAUUUUUGCAAAAUUUGUUCCACUUUUGCUGGGUUUUUGAUUAUUUUAUUUCUGCAAUGAUUCAUGUUUCACAGAUGGCCCCUGCGCCGCACUUCGGGCACCCAUGUGUGCUCGGUGAGCCAGACUGGCUUGGUUUUGCCGUGAAGGCAUUGUGGAAGGGUUUAUGCAGCUUUCAGACCGGCAUUGCACGGCAAUACUUAUGUACAAUUGGAGGUGCGGAUAUUUCAAGCAAGAAACACUUCUUGACUUUCGCUUUUAAUGCGCACCCCUACUUGCUAAAUAUAGCGACCGUGUCGUCAAAUUGUCAAGAGUUCACAAUCUGAUUGGCUUCUGGCUGCCCUGUUCUUGCAAGACAAAUUUUCUCCAAAUGAGAAAUCUCGUCACAUUUUAAUCUUGCGACAUCCCUCGUAUUUUCUUAUGCAAAGUUGGAAGUAUUUUAAAUACCUAUAUAUUAAAUUAAAAUAGAGACGCACUUUAGUCUGUUGCCAAAUUGCUGAACCAAGAAUACUGAGUUGAUAUGUGUUGUGGUACAUGAUCUGACUUAGCCCUUUUCCGUGUACGGCAAUAGUAAUGGAAUUUGAAAAGUGACAUUUGAUUUGAUUUGAUCAAAUCCAAACAGUCUAAAAGCUUCGCACUCAUUGGUUUCUAUUAGAAAUGGUGAAAAUUGCCACACACAACAAUGUUCAAGGGUCCUUGAUUUUAUUGGCCAGAGUGCGUUCUGACUUGUAAAUAGGAUUAGGCCAUCCCAAUAUAGUGUCUCAACAACUGCCUUGUUUAUUUUUAUCCUCUUAUUAGGAGAGUUGGAUCCUUAAAGGGUGCCAAAAUUAUCCUGCAAAUUGCUGACAAGGAAAAAUGAAAGGUUAUUAUAAGCAAUCUGUCUGCGUUGAAGCACAAUGUGACUGCUGCGCUUGCGAUACCAACGAGGUGACCUCAGUCAGAUGGGUGUGUGUGUGUGUGUAUGUGUAUGCGUGUGUGCAUUGAGGGGGGCAUGCUGAAAGUCAGACGCAGCGUAAGGACGAGACCACCACGCGCGUAAACACUCAGACUGAAUGUGGACUGUGGAGGUGUACUGUACAUCCUUAAUGAGUAAAUCAUUUUGGAAAUAUAUAUAUACAUAUCACAAAUGUUCUUUUUUUAAAGUAAUCAAUCCAAAUGUUAUUGAUAAAAUGAAGGUAUACAAGUGUAGAAUCAGCAGUGUAGAUAAGAAUAAGAAUAGAAAAUAUAAAGUAAAAAAGAAAAGAAAAAUGUACAAAAAAAUAAAUAAAUAAACAAUAG